AUGAAAACGCACAAAACUGGAAGUUCAACAUUGCAAAACAUCAUUUAUCGAUACGCCUUGACGUACAACUUGACAGUGGGCUUACCAAGAGGAGACGAAGUUUAUCUCUGCAAACACAGACCGAUCAAAGCUAACUGUACGGACGAACAUGAUGGCAAUUACCAAGUCAUCGCCAAUCAUCAUGUUUGGUCGCCUUUCAUCGAUAAGGCACUGCCAACUGCAAAGAAAAUUACAAUUUUACGCGACCCAGUAACUCAGACCAUCUCGGCUUGGUUUUAUUUUCCGCACGCAGCGAUGGGAUUCAAAAAUAGCAGCAAAAAAUACGAAGCUUUUGAACAAUUUAUUGCUAAAGAAAAUCUUGGAAAAAGGGUCGGCAAUGCGAGUUUUUUGGAAAAUGGGCGAAAUCCGUGUGCUUUCGAUUUAGGCUUGAUGGACAUUUAUGAAAAGCUCGGAUCAGAAAGGGCUGUGGCCGAAUGGCUUGUUGGAUACUACGAUCUUAUUCUGAUAACAGAGCAUUUCGAUGAAAGCUUGAUUCUUUUGAAGGAGCUUUUGAGGCUCAAAUAUGAAGAUAUCGUUUAUUUCAGCGCGAAAAAGAACCAGAAAAAAGAGUUCCACGUCGAUGAUCUUUCUGAACAAAUGAUAGAAAAGAUUCUUGAUCGCCAAAAAGUCGAUAAAGCGAUUCACGAAGCUGCAAAUAGAACAUUGUUCAAGAAAAUCGAAGAAUUUGGCGCUGAAAAAAUGGAAAAAGAACUAAAAUUAUUCAACGAGUUCAAGGAAAGAGCGGAUAGAUCUGACGAACUACUGAAUUUAGAAGGGAAAGAGUUAUUUUUUGUUUUUUUACUAUCCAGUUAUCAAGUAAAGAUGAAGCUCUCCCAAACAUUUAUCCGAGCUGCUUCCACCUCGGCCAAGGCUGACAAUCCAAAAUUCUACUCGAUGGUUUUGGACUUUACCAAGGCCUCUGCCAAUAUUUUGGAAACUAAACUUAUCGAAGACUCUCAAAUUAAACUCGGUUAUGACAAUGCCGCCCGCUCAGCUCAAGCCGAAGCAGCUAAACGAAGCGCUACUCAGAAGAAAAAUGAUAUCCAAGGAAUUUUCAACCAUAUGAUGCCCUGCAACACUGUUCUCGAGACAUCCUUCCGAGUUCGAAUGGAUGACGGCUCUUGCCAGGUUUUCUCCGGCUACAGAGCUCAGCACUCGCACCACCGUCUUCCCACCAAGGGUGGCAUGCGAUACGCCCCCGACGUCGACAUGGACGAGGUCAAGGCUCUCGCUGCUCUGAUGACCUGGAAGUGCUCCGUCGCUGAUGUCCCCUUCGGCGGCGCCAAGGCCGGAAUCACCUGCGACUCGAAAAAGUACUCAAAGAAUGAACUCGAGCGAAUCACUCGAGCUUUUACUCAGCAGCUCAGCAAGCACGGUUUCUUGGGACCUUCCAUCGACGUUCCCGCUCCUGACAUGUACACUGGCGAGCAGGAAAUGGCCUGGAUGGCGAACGAGUACCAGCGACUCCACCCAACCGAUCUCAACGCUGCUGGAUGCGUCACUGGAAAGCCCAUUUCUCAAGGUGGUGUUCAUGGACGAGUCUCUGCGACUGGCCGAGGAGUCUACCACGGAGUCGAUCUCUUCUGCAACUCUAAAAAGUACAUGGACAUGGUUGGACUCACCACUGGGCUCAAGGGAAAGACUUACGUCAUGCAGGGAUUCGGUAAUGUCGGAUUCCACUCUUCUCGAUACUUCGACCGCCACGGCGCUAAAUGCAUCGGUGUUGUCGAAUGGGACGGCUGCCUCUUCAACGAGAACGGCAUCGACAUCUACGCUUUGGACGAGCACAAGUUGAAGACCGGCAGCAUCACUGGCUUCUCCGGCGCCCGAGCUUGGGACGAAGCCAAGGAAGGCAGUCUCAUCGAAGUCGAGUGCGACAUCCUCGGCGCCUGCGCCAAAGAAAAGGUCAUCACCGCCGACAACGCCGGCCGCAUCAAAGCCAAGGUCAUCGCCGAAGGUGCCAACGGCCCCGUCACUCCCAAAGCUCACGAUAUCCUCGUCAAGAACAAGUGCCUCGUCAUUCCCGAUCUCUACCUCAACGCUGGUGGCGUCACCGUCUCCUACUUCGAAUGGCUCAAGAACUUGAACCACGUUUCUUACGGCCGACUCACUUGGGAAUUCACUCGAGACCAGAACUUGGCUAUCCUCCAGUCCGUCACAGAUUCCAUCGGCAAGAAAGUGACUCCUUCCGCUGACUUGGAAAAGCGAAUCCACGGCGCCACCGAGAAAGACAUCGUCCACUCUGGCCUCGCCUUUACCAUGAAACGCUCCGGAACCAAGAUCAUGGAAACUGCCGAAACUUACAACUUGGGACUCGACAUCCGAACCGCCGCCUACAUUACCUCGCUCAAGAACGUCUACGAGUGCUACAAGGAAGCUGGCUUCGCGUAA